AUCAAUACGUCAUUAAAAAAACCCAAUGAUUUUGAGAACAGAUAGGCAUAUAAUUGGAGACCCAUCAAAUGAUAUACAAUUUACGAAAUGUACUGUUUAGAAAUGCCUGGACCGAUUUUGACAUCCAAUCCGCCCUUGAUUACAAGUACAAGUUCUUCUUCCCUAGUGCCAUUAGAGUCUGGAAUGGGUUGCCUGGAUCAGCCAGGAACACCAACUUAGAGUUUAAGCCCCUUAUUAACAUGCAUGACUAGAUUGACACAUUAAACGCAUUUGACGUAAUUAGCAUGUCUUCUUGAAGACGUGUCUGUAAUUUAAAAGAUAAGAUUAGCCUAUAAUAAAGUCACCACACUCAACCAUUCCCUGGCCACUGCCAACAAAAGGUAGAUAAGGACAAGGACGCCGCAGAUUUUACCGCAACUUCAAAACUACUUUGUCAACUAUCCAGAGAUUCAGGGGAAUGAAAUCUUAGACUAUUUAUAAUUAAGAUGUUCCUUCAGAGUUGAAAACAACUACAUUCUAGCUUGAACGUCCCACAAGAAGAUGUGGGGUGGCAGCAGGCAGGGGUCUAACCUAGGAUCAUGGAGACCACUAAACGAUAGUCCAGAGUGUAUAUGAUUGAUUGAGUAGACAAAGAAGGGAUGGAUUACUGGAGCUAAGAGAAGGCAUAAUUUAACAAUAGACUACUUUGGGAUAUGGAAUGAGAGAGGCUAUAGUGUUGAUUAUAUAAAUAUGUAGGUCUCAGCUGGGGCUGCACAGCCACGGAAAAUACUGCAUUCCUAACUUAUCUUGGGACUUAUUAUAAAGCUGCCAUUAUCAAAGGACAUAUGAUUCUCUGGAGGCUUACAUCACUGGAAAAAGUCUUUGGGCCCCUGAAGAUUACAGUACAUGUAAUGCUGCAAAAGGAGGAGGAUGCUGGGCCAGGAACUAUUGCUUGGAAUCUAAUUGCAAGCUUCUACAGUCGACUGUCAUACUAGAUAAGGUCUUAUGACUGCAUUAGAACCUUGGUCAAGCAACUAUAAUGUUUGCCCCCCCUCCCUCCCUUCAUAUGGAAAGCAGCACAUACAACUCAAUUUACUUCUAUUGGCUGGAAAUAUUUAAAGCAUGACAGUGGCGUAGGUAAAUUACCAAAUAGUGGAUCUUAUGUUGGAUUGAUCAGCCCUGAUGAACUGACCUGACCAUUGUAAUUGAAACCAUAACUCAUGACCACUCUAUCUGUAUAGGUCCUGGUAUACCCUGGGAUGAUGUUCACCCACAACUUUUAACUUGAAAUCUUAAAGGAAGUUUUGCUAAACUAACAAGCAUGAAUGUCUGGUACAGUAAGAUAGGGUUAAUGGUCAACCUGACAUUAUGGUUCAUUCAUUGGGACAGCUAAUGUUUGUGUCUGAUCAAGCAGUUCUCAAGUUAGGGCUUGAUGAAGUCUACAAACUGACCAUUAUAUCUACUGGACAAAAAAGGAUCUUAUAUGUAUAUUUUAAACCUGGUCAAUGCCUAUUUCUCCACUAUUGUCGACAUCUUGAGAUUUAGCACGGCGUGACAUCACCAUCGGCAGAAACCGAAGACGGCUGAUACAUUUGUGUGGGUGAAAAACUGAAGGCGUCGCUCAAAGACAGCUGAUACAUUUGUGUGGGUGAAAAACUCAAGGCUUCGCUCAAAGACAGCUGAUACAUUUGUGUGGGUGUAAAAUUCAAGGCGUCGCCUGAAGACAGAUGAUACAUCGUUUCCACGUGAGCGCUCGUCACCAACUUUUGACACGCUCUUGCAUUGUCGAGGUUUCACCUUACAUUGCUAUACAGAAGGUCCUCCAUUUAGACCUCUGUUCACUUAUGGUCAUUCUAAUUUUUCAGAGACUUUACAUAUUUGGAUUAUCUAAGCUGAAGUACUGUUGGAUUAUUUAUACGAAUGUUCAAGUACUUUUGGAUUAUUGAUCUUUGACGUUGAAGUUGGACUAACUUGUACCUAUUGGCGCUCUCCUAGUCAUCGUUGUACGCCGAAGAAAUAACACAUGCCUGCAUUACUACACUUACAUUUUGGAUUAUCUUAUUGGAUUAUUUGGAUUACCUGUUGGACUUGUGUUAAUUGUAAAGGUCAAGAGGAAAUAUUUUUUGACAUUACUUGAGCAUUUGAGCCAUCUUAUGGCAUAUGACUGGAUUAUUUUACUACUACUUUGAUGCUCACAUUGAUGUGUAUUCUCAAUCGGAUUACUUAGUUACCUUACCCAUGGAUUAUUAUUGAACUACUCAAGCUGUAUUUGUAUUUGACAAGCUACGAGAGGAUUAAUCUAGAUCAGUCUACAAAAGAAAGUCUGUAAGUUAUAAUUAAGGAUUGAAUAUAUUCAUAUGAUUAAUAAAGUACAUUGAUUUUGCUGUGGUAUAGCAGUAAUUGAAGUUGAUUAUAUAUAGAGUUAGUGAUUGAUAACUCUUGGAACCAUAUUAAAUUGAUUUUCAUUUUUUAAAUUUGUUACCUUAAAGGGCAGUCGGCGUGGGUCUGUCUUAUGUUUUGAGACUGAAUCGGCACAAUUUAUUUGUUCCGUUCCAUUUCACUUCAUCUGAUAGGGAUCUUUAGGGAUUUUCUUGUUGUUCUCCUAGUCCUAAUAAGGUCCGAGUAGACCAGCCUUGUUCGGUAGGGACUUCUAGAUCAUUUGGAAAUUUUUUGUUUAGUGGUAUAUAGUUUUGUUUGUACAAUCGUAGUGUGAUUUCUCUUUGUAUUCAUAUUGUUUGUUUGUGUAAGUCUUGUAUUUACAUAUCUGUGAUUCUCUUGUCAAAGUCUUCUAUUUAUUGAUUUCUUUUAAAGCAGACUGUAUUGUUAUCUAUAUUGUUUUUGUGUUCGUCACCUAUACUUUAAUUUAUCUCUUUAUUCUCUCAUUAAUUAAUUUUUUUUUUCAUUUUUUCACUGCACAUAUAACAUGUUACAAAGAUAUAUUUGAAGUAAUAAUAUUGUGUACAUAUAUACUAUCACUUGAAUUAGAGCCUUAUUUUUUGAGCUCUUGUACUUAUUUUGUAUUGACACAUUUCUCGUACUCUGAUUAUUUUGUUGGUACAUUUUGACGCAACACUUAUUACUAUUGACUCAUUUGUACAUUGUAUUUGGCACACAUUGAUUACAAACUCAACACAUUUAUUGGCCAUCUAUUAUUUAAAUAUCAAAUAUACAUGCAAAGUGAGACAUUAUUAUUUGUAUUUUGAUAACUAAGCACUCACUACACAGUUAAUACUACAUACAGAUUGGAAUCUUAUAUAUUUGUUGACUUUAUACACGUUGAAGAUUAUUUAAUAUUUAUUGACAUUAUACACACUUGAAGCCUAAACCCAUACCUAUCAACAAUGUCUACCUAUGAUAAAAUCUUGGAGUUGGCCAGAGAAAUGGAAUUGAAGGGUGAAAAGAAAAGAGAAUUUAUCGAAAGAGAAUUGGAUGAAUUAAAGAAGAAAGAACGUGAAGUAGCGGAACGAGAUGAACGAGCGGCAGAAAGAGCGCAUCAGAAAGAAAUGAAAGAAAUAGAGAGAAAAGUUGAGUUAGCUAAACUGGAAGCUGCAAAAGUGAAUCCGAACAUAUUACAACCACUGACACAGCAAGCCAAACCAUACGUCUCGAAGUUCCAUAAGUUCAAUGAGAAAAACGAAACUCUUGAAAACUACAUUGUGCAAUUUGAGCACAUAGCCUCAACGUAUGACAUGUCUCCUAGAGAUAUGGCCAAGCACCUACUCGCCAAUCUUGCAGGUGAACCGCUGAACAUAAUAGCCACCCUGACACCUGAACAAAAGACUGACUACAAGGCUGUGAAAAACAGACUCCUCGAACACUUUGGCAAAUCCGAGGACCACUACAGAAAACUCUUUCGAGACAUCAGAUUGCAAAAGAACGGUGAUUACAACAGAAUUAUUUUUGAAAUUAAGCAAAAUAUCUUAAAGUGGCUUGAACUCUCCAACUGUGAUAUGAUGAGACCAGACCAAAUCAUUGAUAUGUUCUUAAUUGACAGUGUACUAUUGAAUGUUACAGACAACAUUUUCACUUUCCUGAAAGAGAAGAAAAUUAAAAACGAAACAGAACUCAUAACUAACCUGAAUUUAUUCAAAGACAGCCAUCCCAAUCACACCAUCGACAGAAGAGACCAUCAAAUAGCUGCCACCAUUAACACUGAUUCAAGUAAAUUCAAAUACAGCAGCAACAAUAAAACCUGCUUUAACUGCGGCAUAAAGGGUCACAUAAAGAGCCAUUGUAGAUCAAUCAACAGAAGCACUUUCCAGUAUCAAAGUGGCACAUAUCGAGACAAUAAAUAUGACAACAGAAGAAACAGCAGAGCAACCCAAAGUUACAGCCCUAAUGAUAAAAGAAGGCAAUACAACACCAACAACGAUAAUUACAACUUCCAAAACUAUCAAAGAAGACAGCAAUAACAAUAGAAUCCAUAGACGCCCUAGCAGUUAUGACAACUCAGCCGCAACCAUCGACACUCACGAACAUGUAGCAUUCAUGAACUCAACUCCAGAAAAUAAUUCCUAUCCAUUACUUACAAACCGGCUGGACAACGCAUCAUGAAACAGUAACAUUAGAACUGGAAACACACAUGACACUAGUAGUUAGCAAGCUAGACAUAGGGCAGCACAACAUACAAUUUUGUUUAUUAUACAAUAGGAUACAACACCAUCACAAAAUCAUUAAAUAUCAGUAAUAUAACUAAACAAUGACAUUGUUCACAUAAGUCAACAACUAUAAUUAUCACACUAUUUUACAUAACACUAGCACCGUUAAGGACUCAUUAGCCAGUACAAGUGUAAUUCAUUGAAUCUGUUGAUGCCAUAUUCUACAUAUAACUAUGAUUGUAUUUGUACACAUGACACUUCAAAAGGUCAUAUGUGCCCAAUUUUUGCAUAUGUGUAAAUUAUUUUUCCAAGAGUCCAUUUGAACAGAACGCAGUCAUAUUAAAACCUGAGUAUGUGACACUAUUUAUUGAAAUGUAUUUUUCAUUUUUUCAAAUGUACAUAACCUUUGUAAAUUGUAUAGAUAUGACUGUGACAUUGAUCUUCACUGAUGAAUUUAUUUUUUCCCACAUAUCAGUUUUGAAGACUAUUUGAGCUUAAUUGGAGGCUUGAAACAAUACACUUGAUGAUAUGUAAUGCAAACAAUGAUUUUUUGAAAAGAAUAUUGUAUUUAAUUAGUGAGAUCUAUUUGAGCAUUACUGAUGGCUUGAAAAAUAAUUGAUACUGUGUAAUGCAAACUGAAUCUUUGAAUAGAAGAUUGUACUUAAUAUGAGAAGUAUUGGAGCAUUAUUGAUGGCUCAUGAAGUAAUAUAUAUAAUGUGUGAUGUAAUCGCUGAUUUUUUGAGGAGAAGAUUGUAUUUAAUAUGAGAAAAUUAUUUGAGCAUUAUUGAUGGCUCGUGAAGCAAUACAUUUGAUGUGUGUCGUAGACACUGAUAUUUUUUGAGGAGAAAAUUGUAUUUAAUGACAAAACUUUUGGAGCAUUAUUGAUGGCUCAAGCAGUAUAUUUUAUAUUAUGUGAUGAUAACACUAAUUUUGAGAAGAAUAUUGUAUGGAUAUGAGAAAACUAUCGAAGCAUGAUUAAUGGCUCGAAGUAAUAUACUUGAUUUUUGAAAGAACAUUGUACUUGAUUCAUGAAGACUAUUGGAGCACUAUUAAUGGCUCAAAGUAAUAUAUUUGAUUUUUGAAUAGAACAUUGUAUUUGAGUGAUGAAGACUAUUAGAGCACUAUUAAUGGCUCGAAGUAACAUAUUUGAUGUUACAUAACGUGAAAAGCUGAUUCAUUUUUUUGAGAGAAGAUUGUAACUUACACUUAUGUUAAAAGAACUUGUGCUCACAGUAAGACAUAUGAGCCAAAUGAAUAUCAUGAUAACGACCUUGAUGCUUUAAUAUGCUUAUGACUUUGAUGAUUUAAAUAUGUUCCUCAUAAAUCAUCAUUAAAGAAUAUAUUUUCUUGACUUUCAUGAUUUAGUAGCAUUGUCAAAACAUUGCCAUUAUUUUUGUACAUAAACCAUUGAGACAUCAUAAAUAUUUAUUAUAGAUACAUUUGACUUGCAUUGAUUUAUUUUAAAGAACAUUGCCAAUAUCUUUUCAUUUGACCAUGUAACCAUUGUCAAUAUUUUUCAUUUGAUUAUGUAACCUGAUGGGAUAAACUAAGUAUAUUUGUAUACGAGCAUUUUUCAUGGCUGCUCAUUCCUUUGUAAAAUUAAUAUUGAAAGCAUUCUUUUGAUAAAUUGAGAAUUUACUUUGAAAUUUUGUGUAAAGAAACACUUGCCUUUUGAGUAAUGUUGACAACUAUGAGUAUUGUCUACACAGACAAAUAUUUGUUCAAAUAUUGUAAGGUCAAAUGAGACCAUAUAUUAGUCUCAUCAAAUUUUUUGAUGGCAUGAUAAGACAUGUGCCAGAGAUUAUAGCACACAUUGUACAUUUGUAUGGAUUAUUUCUCUCUCAAAAGAUGUGACUAUACAUAUAAUAGUAUUAUUACUUAAAUUUCAAAAGAUUUUUACAAAAUCUUUUUUUUUUGAGGGAAAGGGCGUAAUGUCACAGUCUUAGUUGACAUUGCAUGAUCUAAAGUUCACGCCAUGUUAAUAGUUUAAAAGACAUGUGGAAUUCCUAAUGUAGAAAACAGGAAGUAGAAUGAAUAAAGUUGACUUUGAAGUCAGUCAGUCAGUCAAGUAAAGCAGACAAGUGAAGUCAAGUUAGAAGUCAAGUGUUAUUCUUUGGACAGAGUGGUCAAGUAUAUUUUAGUCCGGGAUGGACAGUAGCGACUUAGAAAAGUCUGUAGUAAUUUCAGUUAGAAAGUAACUUGUGGGCAGUUGUUGCCAGUGGUCUUUUGAGACAUGUAUUAGUUAAUCUAUAUUUCUACACAGUGUUGCCCGCUGAGAUGCGGACAUGAUUUGUUGUUAACGUAUUGGAUACUUUUGAUACCGCUGUUAUGCGGAUAGGAUUAUUAUUUCUUGACUUGUAGCACUAACAAGGAGUGCAGUAUAUUAUUAUUAUUAUAGUAAAAUAAACUUCAUGUUGUCUGCUGAACGGACUUGAGUCAGUCCUAUAGUGUUUGUCUUGUCACGUGUCUAGAGUACUUCAGGAAGUAAGAACUCAAUAUUACACCAUUCAACGUUCAUUGACAGACCCCCCUUCCUCCCAACCAUUUCCUCUGCCUUAUCUUGAUGACUUUGACUUUAAUUAGACAUUAAGCUUUCCAUGUGCUGAAAUUUAGCAUUGUAGAACAGGAAAUAAAUUGUCUAUGACAGUUCAAAAUGUGUAUACAUUUUUUUUGACGCACCCUGUAAAUAUAUUGUAUUCAGUGAUUUUUUUAUUUUACCAUUUUCUAAUAUUAGUUUGUUAGCUCAAUAACUAUUAACCUUUUAGAUUGUUAUCUUUUGUAAUGUUAAGACUAGAAAACGAUCUCAAAAUUAUAUUUAGGACGAUGAUUACAAUUACUUAGUCAAUUACUUAGAUAAAAUAAUUAUAAAACAAAAGUUAUAUAAAGACAUAAUUAUACAAUGUUUAUGUUUUGUAUGUUCAUAAAAAUGUGUAUAGCAGUGUUAUGGAGUGUGUGUGUGUGGGUGUUUCCAAGGUAACGUUGAGAAAUUAGCAAUUGGUUGUCGGAUAUGCAGUGAGGAUGGUGAAAUUACAAAAAUGGUCUAGUGUAAUGCAAAUUACCCAGGGAUCUGAAACUGUACAGACAGGUUUUUUGUAGUGAGUUAGAUUUUGUUUAAAAUACUUAAAAUACCAUUUUAUAUUAUUGCUACUAGAUUUAUUUCAUUUCAUCUAGGUUAGUAUUAGGGUUAGUGUUAUGUUGUAAUAAAAGUUAUAUUUAGUUUUGUUUCAUAAAAAGAAGUUUUUUCAAGUUUCACAAUUAAAUAUAUAUAUAUAUAUAUCCAAGCAGUAGUUCUCACCAAACUUUCAUACACUGGCAGAACUACCUUAAAAAAAUGUUCUGCUGGAGGCUGGUGUGGGUAGUAUAGAAGAAAUACUUAUUCAACAGCUGUGAUGGGUUGGAAAAUUAUCCCACAUGGGGGGCGACUGCAUGCCAAAUGGUAUCUUCAAGGAUGGCGUAACGGGGUGCUCCUGUAAGCACUAUAAAGAUUAACUCAGGCACCUUUUUGCCAUAGAGGAAAGUAGGUUGUAAUAGGGUUUAUAAAAACACUGCACUCAUCUUUUAUCUUCAGCAUCAUUAUUAUUAUUAAACCAUUACUCAAAUUUUGCUUUGUUAUUUUGCCAUGUAGCGAUUUACUGCUGCUGGGGUGAACAAUGCUUAAAAAAAUAAAAAUAUGCUGUGUUUUUACUUUGGCCCAGCGGUGGCUCCCACAUUUAUGUCUUUUGUAUUUUUCUAUACCAGUUCUGUUACUAUGCAAAUGCAAAAAAAAAAAAUGCAAGUUGUUGCACUAUUGAUAUUUUUUAUACUAAUUUUUUAUUUAUAUUAUUAAUUAUUUAUUAUUAUCUAAGCAUCUGUUUGUAUUUGAGCUGGGUAAUGAAUAUAGAUUCUUAAAUUUAAUUGUUGUUUGUUGCUUUACUCACUUUUAAACUGUGACCAUGUAAAUUUUGUCUAGAUGGAGAAUGGUAAUGUCUUAGUGUUAAUGAUUAGAUUGAGAAUGUUAAUGUCUUAGUGUCAAUGAUAACAGUGAGAAUGGUAAUGUCUUAGUGUCAAUGAUAACAGUGAGAAUGGUAAUGUCGUAGUGUCAAUGAUAACAGUGAGAAUGGUAAUGUCUUAGUGUUAUUGAUUAGAUUGAUAAUGGUAAUGUCUUAGUGUCAAUGAUUACAUUGAGAAUAGUAAUGUCUUAGUGCCAAUGAUAACAUUGAGACAAUCAUUAGAUUGAGGAUGGUAAUGUCUUAGUGUCAAUGGUGUAACACUAUGAUUAGAGUGAGAUGCACGAGAUGAUUUCAGUUCACGUGAAAAUGGGUCUUACACAUUGUCGAGCAAAGAGGUAUCAUUUUUGAUCACAUGACCACUAUUUUUUAGUAAGUUAGCACCAUGAUGUAUCAAGAGACGUAGGUGUCUCUGUUUUAUGAAAUUGGAUUAAAUAAUAUGAGUACCUAAUUGGAGAUAUUUCUAAGGAUGUAGUUUGUAUUUGAUGUGAAAUAAUUCGUGAUGAUAUUUUAUGGCUGAGAUUGCCUACUUUAUGAACUAUUAUUUGAUGUAAUAAAUAUUUGUCUGCCAGAAA